AUGGCCGGUGUCACAUCCAUUGCUGAGGUCGAAGGCCUCGUGAAGCGCCUCUAUCAACCUGGAGAUCCAGAGACCAUCAGUCAGGUAGAAAAGGAUCUCCAGCUACUUCAAAGGUCUCCUCAAGCAUGGCAGAUCGCCGACGCUCUGCUCGCAAGCAGCGACAUCAACGUACGGUUCUUCGGCGCCUUGACAUUUACAGUCAAGUUGACUUCUGACCCUCAAUCUCUCGACGAAAACGCUGCCAAUGAGCUCCUUUUCAGGCUCAUUGGAUGGCUCGUGAAGCUCGUCUCCGAGGGCGAAAAGGACCUUGUGACGCGGAAGCUUUGCACCACCUUGGUUCAGUUCUUCCUCAAUGGCAACGUAACCUGGAACCACUGUGCGCGCCAGCUUGUCUGCUCUUUCGUAAAAGGCGAAGCCGUCUUAACAAGUGACCUCGAGCAUUAUCCGCCCAUUGAUCAGCUUGUUGGCAGCUUAGCAGUCCCCCAGAUUAUCGCACUUCUCUGGUUCGGUAGCAACCUGGUAGAGGAAGUCAAAAGGACGACGUAUGGGACCAGCGUCCUAGCCAAGAUCGAGGGCCGCAUCGAAGAGAACACUGAGGAGUUCGUCGCAAUCAUAGGCCAUGCUAUCCAAUAUGCGGGCCCAUCAUCCGACAGAUUGCACGAAGAGGGCAUGGGCUGCAUGGUUGAAUGGGCCUAUUUUGUCACCCGUACCAAGAGCGAAGCGGACAGCGUGGUCCGACGCAAGAAGCUCAUCCAAUCUCUCAUCGUUCCGGCUGUUCAUUGCAUGCAUUCUGAUCCGGACAAUUCUUCCGAGGGGUUCGCAGAGCUCUUGAGAAAGAGAGUAGGCAGCUUGUUCGAAACGGAGCACAUUCAGCUCAUUCACAACUUGAUCACUAGCCCUUGGGGCGAGCAGCAAAUGAGCAACAUACUCGAGGGUGAUACAGACACGGACUCAUUCCUCACCUUGCUGCUUGCUUUCGGUGCAGCUAUUCUGGAACGCUUGCUGGUGACCGCCGACGACUGGCAGAACGUCCUUGUUCUGAUGCACCAAAUCCUCAAGGUUCCCGGAUAUCCCGUGGAAGAUGAAAGCGCUUCUGUACAAGCGCUAGAGUUUUGGGGGAAUGUCGCUUCCGAAAUGGCUGAUCCUAUCGACGACGACAUUGUCUUCUCGCCCAUUAUGAAGAGCCACCUGCUUCAAGCGGCAGAAGAGUAUUGGGGGAAGAUUCACAUCCCGCCCCCUGAGGGCUUGAAGCAUUGGGACGACGAUACGGUCAAAGCGUUUGCCUCCUUUCGCACCGAUGUGAUGGACUUCCUCAGCGACACAUUCCGUGUCUGUGGCGUAGAGAUUCUGAGCGGCUUUGUUGGGAUUGCUCUAAACAGCAUCAAAGAGCAAGACUGGAUGAAAGUCGAGGCCUCUCUGUUUUGCGUCAAAGCGAUGUCGGAGGAAGCCGCGAGGAGAUUGGCCUGCCAGGAUAUUUUGUCACAACUUCUAGGAUCCACAUUACUCACGACAGACGUCUUCGGCCCCGGCGUUCCCACCAAGACAAGACGUACCGCGGUUGACUUGCUUGGUCGCUAUGCCGACUUCUUCAUUCGACGCCAGGAGUUCCUUGUCGCCCCCCUCAAUUCGCUUUUCUCCGCUCUCACUUCUCCAGAAACAGCGAUCCUUUCCGCGAAGGCCAUCGCCCUACUCUGCUCCGCUUGUAGGAAAGCGCUUGUCCCGGAACUACCAAACUUCCUGCAUGCUUACCAAGCAUUCAUGGACUCCCCUACUGCGGAUAGAUAUACAAAAGAGAAGGUCAUCAAUGGCAUCUGCUCCAUCCUACAGGCCAUACCGUCGGAUGAAGAGCGCUGUCAAUAUAUCGGCUUGCUUCUGAGAUAUAUCGAGGAGGACGUGCGCAAGGCUCUCGAGAGCAUGAGUCAGAACAUGCCGCUAGAGGCAGAACAAGCAGCUUGCACAGCGCUUCAUUGCAUUUCUGCGAUGGGCAAAGCUCUCCAAUCCCAAGACUCGGAGAAGUUGGAGGUGAUCGAUCUGGAAGAGGAAGAUGUCUCGACCGUGAGUUUCUGGAAUACCCAGCCAGCCGGAAUUGAACUGCAAGAUCGAAUCAUCAAGUGCGUAGACAUGAUGGCACAUGUAUUCGGGCAGUUUGGCGAAGUGAACGAGGCCAUUUGCACCGUUUUCAAGAGUGGAUUUGCCGAGCGAAUGCCAGGACCUCUUGUCCUUCCUCCGCACGUCUUCGUGAGCUUCGUUCAGCGCUCGACCACCGAUACCCCACGUCUUACGCUGAUACUUUCAACGAUGUGCACCUUCUUGAACGCGUACUCCUCACAGCUCAAAGUAGAUGGCACUCCUGUUACUGAAGCAGCCAAGCUGCUCGUUGAGCACAUUAUGGCUACCAUACAGUCAAUUUCCGAACCAUCGGCAGAGCCAGAUGUUGCGCACAGCUGCGUGGAGGUGUUGGAGCAGAUUCUUCGCCAUAACGCCUUGAUACUUCUUGGCCAGCCACCGCAGGCGGCUGAGUUCGUUUUCAUGUUCACCAUCCGCUGCCUCCAAGGGCCGGACGUUCUGCCUAAGCGUGCUGCAGCUCACUUCUGGGCAUCCUUUGUUACUGUGUCAAACGACGUAGUAUCACCGGUGAAGCCAGCACUCGACCAGGUAUUUGAGGCGCUCGGCCCACUCCUCGUCAAGGUGCUCGUUUUCAACAUAGCAGGCGAAGCCCAGCGCACCAGCCUCGAAGAGGUUACGCUCCCACUGCGGCGCAUCGUUACAAAGCACCCGCGGGUCAGCACGUGGAUAGACAACGCUCUGAAUGCACCAGACUUUCCGGCGCCGAAAGUGCCUGAGAAGGAGAGGCAAUGGUUUAGGAGGAUGAUUGUUGCGGCUCGCGGUGGCCUGAGCACCAAGACCGUAUCGAACAACUUCUGGCAGAAGUGUCGAGACCUGCAGCGCUAG